AUGACCACCCGCCCAGCAGCACCGUCAUCCAGGCCCUCCGAAUCUAUCCCCCGCCCACCCCUCAAAAUCCACUCUCUCGCCAUCGUCGCCGACCGCGCUCAAAUCACCGGCACCCACCCCAUCACCAUCGGCGAAAACACCAUAAUCCACCCACACGCACGCCUUCGCGCCGAGACCGCGCCUAUAACCAUCGGCAAAAACUGCAGCGUCAGCGAGAAAGCCUUGGUCUCCGCUUCUGAGGGACCAGAAGAAUGUGUUAUCGGUGACGGCGUAGAUGUGCAGGGAGACGCGGUUGUGGAGAACGCGAAGGUGGGCGAUUGGACGGUCAUCGAGGUUGGAGCGAAGGUGGGACGGUUGAGUGAAGUGGGGAAGUACUGUAAGAUUACGCCGCUGAGUGUGGUUUUGCCUGGGGAGGGGGUGGAGGAUUUUACGGUGGUGUUUGGGGAUGGAGGUGGGAGGAGGGUUGACGUGAGUUUGAAGGGGAGUGAGGAGAUGAGGGCGGCGAGGGAGCGGGGGCAGGCGAUGAUGUUGGAGGUGCUGGGCAAGUUGAUUCUGGAUGGGGGUGCGAAGUGGAGAGGGACUUGA